AUGUCGCUACUUAAACUCCCCGUUGAGCUGCUACUACAGGUAUCUUCGUAUCUAGAAUUUGUUUUCGAUCUCGGCUCCCUAUAUCAACGUCAUUCUCUUCUGCAUACGUUGUUAAAAGAUAGAGUCGAUGAAUUGCUCAAGAUGGAGCAGUCUCUGCAACCUCUGGCGUGGGCUGCAUCGAAUGGGAAGGAAAGAUGUGUUCGCAAGCUGCUAGACGCAGGUGCGUUGUUUGAAGACUCGGGCGACUGGACCACACAGUGGGAUGAUCCUAUGACAAUAUCUGCAGAGCAUGGUCAUGUUGAUAUUGUCCGAAUGUUCCUCGAUCAUGGAAGAGACCCGACUCCAGCGAUCAAAGAGGAGAACAGCCGGUUUUUCGCCUUUGAUUUUAAUCACCUUGCUUUCUUUGGAACCCCCUUUUUCGCCGCAGUGCUAGAGGGUCAUACCUCAGUUGUGAGCUUCUUAAUUGAACGUGGAUCUAUCAAACGCUGCAUGGAAACCGAGGAGAAAAGAGAGUGGUGCGACUUAUCAUUAUGCUUCGCGGUUAGGAGAGGCAUAUUCCUAUCAUCGAACUUCUGCUUGAAUGAGGUUGUGAUCCUAAUAUUGCGUGUCUUGGCAAGACCCCUUUGCAUUAUGUUGCCCCAGCUCCUGCUACAAGCACGACUAUGGAAAUCGUCCGUCUUUUAG